UUGUGUGUGUUGUCAAUCCAACUUUCUAAAACGGGUCAGAAGCUGCGAGAUAUUUUCAGUGUUUCAUUACAAGUUAUUGUACUAAUUGUUCUAAUUCAUAUGACUAUUACCUUUAGAUCGUUGCUAGCUUUUGCCAGAUAGCUAGCGUUACCUAUCAAGGAUAGUACCUUCAGUAUGACUUGCAGACAUUGUGUAACUCUUUUCGGUCCAGCAGGGCGAUUUACCUUUCUAAACCUUGCCAAAGACAUGUGCACGGGACGAUUACAGAACAUAAAAGAGUUUCACAGAGCAACAACUGUCCGAACUUACGACAUGAGAAAAGUGGAACUCACUCCCUUGGAGCAAAGGAAAUUGACUUUUGAUACCCAUGCACUGGUGAAGGAACUGGAAGCUAGUGGUUUUGAAAAGAGGCAAGCAGAAAUAAUUGUGACGGCACUGGUGACGCUGACAACAGCAAACAUGGACAUUGUAUAUAGGGAUAUGGUGACCACUGCCCAUCAGGAAAUAGCCCUUCAGCAGAUCAUGGCCCAUCUUGAUUCCAUAAGGAAAGAUAUGGUUAUUCUGGAGAAGAGUGAAUUUGCCAACCUGCGUUCUGAGAACGCGAAAAUGAAGACUGAACUUGAACAGCUUAAGAACAGGCUAAUGGAAGAGAGUCAGAAAAUCAGAGCAGAUGCAAAGCUGGACAUAAAUUUGGAGAGAAGCAGAGUGACAGACAUGUUUACCGAGCAAGAGAAGAAACUCAUGGAAGUCAAUACAGAAUUCCACAAGAAGAAUGCAGAUAUUGACCGUGGCACAAUGGAAACAACCAGAAAAAUUGACAUUGAGGUUGCUUCCCUGAAAACACUCCUGGAAUCUCUCAAGCUUGACACCAUUCGCUAUCUUGCAGCAUCUGUGUUCUCGUGCUUGGCGAUAGCCUUAGGCUUUUAUCGUCUCUGGAAGUGAUGGACCACAUAACAGCUGCAGGUCUUCAAAGGGACCAUCUUACCCUUGCAAAAUAUUAUUUUAUUUUGCAUGAAAUAACAUACCGACAGAUGUUUGUGUAAAAUGGAGUAAUUGAUAUUUUUUUGUAGUCUUUGUAUAUUGGAAGGGCACACUAAACCAUACAAUGUCUGUUUACCAAAGUGUCUUUGUUUCUUAUGCACACAGUGCACCUGGUGCUGCCAUGUAUCGCAAUGGCACACCUUGUUCAGUGUUUAAAUGCAGUGAUUUUGUUUAAUAUUUAGAGUGAACAAUGUUCAGAGAGGCUGAACCACACACUGUUUUUGUAUUUAAAGCUUAAUAUCAAAUGUACAGACGUUAAACUGUGCAGUUAUCCACAGUAUUAAAAUUUUUAAAAAUUGAAGAUAC